AUGGACGAGCUCCCGGAUUAUUAUGUAGUUCUUGGAAUAAAUAAUACGGCGACGUCUAGCGAAAUCCGAGAUGCCUACAAAUUGCGCGCGUUAGAAACACAUCCAGAUAGAUAUCCCAUAAUAGAUUCAACCGUUACAAGAGAAGAGGCAACAAAGGCCUUUCAGAAGGUGGCCGAUGCGUAUUUUGUCUUGAGCGAUCCAACACAGAGGGAAAAAUAUG